CAGUUUUUUAGAAGUUUUAUAGACACGAAUUAAGGAUAGGCGCUGUAAGCAGUGGUGAGUCCCCGCGGGCACCUGCAGGAGGCUGGUCUCGGUCAGUGGGUGUUUCAGGGGGCGUGGAUGAGCUCGAGCCAGCCUCAUAUGAAGAGUCUCGUGUGGACUGAAUGGCAGUAGUUCAUGUGCAGAGAAGAUACUAACGUUCCCUGAGCGCAAAGUUUACUGGACAUCUGAAGAAGACCCUGACUCUGAAGCUCUGCAGCUUUUUCAGAGAGUAGAUUUAGAGUUGCUUUAACACUUUAGCUGAAGUUUGGAGAGGAUCUUUACAAAAUGCCACGUUCAUUUCUUGUCAAGAAGUAUUUCUCCAACAAGAAGCCAAACUACAGUGAACUGGAGAGUCAAACUGACAAACGCUAUGCUGUCGUCCCACAAUGCUUCCCUCUGGAUGACUUCCACUCCAAAGAAGGAGAUUCUGUGGUGCCCAACUAUCCCUCCAUGCUUGUGUGGGCUACUAGUGCCUUACCCCUUACCUUCACGCCGGUUACACCCAGCAUCCCCUCUCCUCCUGGGCCUCUGGACCUGAGCUCUCAGUCCAGUUCCAGCAGCGGAGAGGAGGACGAGUGCCGCACGUCCGAUCCCCCAAGCCCAGACCCCUCCGACCGCUUCCAGUGCGCCCACUGUGGCAAGACCUGCAGCAGCCCUGCUGCUCUAUCCCGCCAUCAGCUCACGCACUGCGCCGCCAGCCCACAAACAGCCAUCACCGCCACAGGAACCACCAGCACAGCCACCAGAGCGGCCUUUCAUUGCAAGCACUGUCCCAAAGAGUACAACAGUCUGGGUGCGCUGAAGAUGCACAUCCGCUCACACACACUCCCCUGUGUGUGCACCACAUGUGGCAAGGCCUUCUCCAGACCCUGGCUACUGCGAGGACACAUUCGUACACAUACCGGUGAACGUCCCUUCUCAUGCACCCACUGUAACCGUGCGUUUGCGGACCGCUCGAACCUGCGGGCUCACCUUCAGACCCACUCCGAAGUGAAGAAGUACCAGUGUGGAACGUGCUCUCGUACCUUCAGCCGCAUGUCCCUCCUGCACAAACACACCCUCUCCGGCUGCUGUCCGUCUGCCUAGACGAGAAGACAGCUGCUUCCCAUCGUUCGGCGCGGAGCUGGGACGGGUUUAAGCCAUAAGUGAAUGCACUGAUGCUGUUUUUGAUGCACACAGUGCCUUACCUUUUAUUCCACAAGCCAAAAGAAGAGAUGCUAUUUUUCUACCAGUUUUAGUCUUGCACGCAUUCUCACAGUGAGGGUCUGUUAUACAUAGACUGCAGAUUUUUGUCGUGGGAAGGGGGCCCACGAACUGGCUCUCGGUGGAUUCCCAAGAUGCACCUCGGUGCCGGCUGGUCCGGGACUGCGAGGGGGCAGCUGCUAUAAAACGUGUGUGGUGAGAGGUCAUCUCUCACCAAGAUCUCCACAGACUUGCAGGGAUGUAUUGAGACAGCUGUUGCGGCACAGGGCUGUCGACAAAUGCAUUGGUUUCCCUAGACUGAUGGCUGAAAAGCACCAAAGACCUACUUUAAUAAGGAGUUCAAUUAGGCAAUGGAAUUUGUCUCUGUAAUUCGAGCUUUGAGGUAUUGCGUCAUUCGCCAUCUCCUGAAUGUGCGGUCUGACUCCUGAAUCAGCGUCAGAAUGUUUUUAUAUUCUUAAAGACUGAAUAGGGUGUCAAAAACACAAGAAGAAUGUCUUCCGGUUUUAUGUACAAAGUUUACUCCAGGUCCUCUGAACUGAAGGGAAUUUGCAGUCUCUCAUUUGAGAGAGCUCCUCUUCAAACAUAUUUUUUCCAAAGCCACAAUGAUAAUGAAACUGCCUUUCUAUAUAUCGUUUAAAUGUUGGACGUAUAACACAAUCCAAAUGCUAUGCAAUCUUUUUUGAGCAAAGAUGUUUUAGUGUAUUUCCACUUGCUAUGUUUUCCCAAUAAAGUAAUUUAUGUUCUUUGUUUAGCAGAAAA